AGGGCGAGGGCGAGGGCCGGGCUCGGGGUCAGCCUGCAGGGCACCCCCCGCCCCUCCCUGCCCCCAGGCCCCUGCCCGCCGGGCCCAGCCCCCGCGAUGCCUGCGGGGCCCAAUUCCCGGGAAGGCUAGACUCCCCGAGUGACCCUUGUACUGAGCUGGGCACAGGAACCCUUUGUGGGACCACGUGUCCCCAUGUUUGUUUUGGAAAGUCUGUCUCCUGCCUGAAAUCCCGCUGCCUGCUUCUUGCUUGGAGGCUGCUAGCGCUGGAAACUGGGGCUCGCAGAGGGUCGCCGCAGCCGGAACCCCAGCUGGCCUGUGUGGACCCUGGGGGUACUUGGUUGGAGUGAGGUCACGCGGAGCACAGUAACCAUUAUCACGUUCUGGGGGUCUGGACCUCAGAAGGGUGGGGCCAGCCCCUCGGAGUAGGUGACCCCCACCCGCCCGGGGCUGAGGUCGUUCAGAGUGGGCAGUGGGGAGCAAACACGGAGGCUCGAUGGCGUGUGGGCAGGGUUGGAGGGGGGCUCCGAGGCGGGGGACACCCUGCCUCUCAGGCUGACCAUGGUGCGGGGUUGUUCCUGUUUCAUGUGGACCCUGAGAGCAGGGCUGCGUAGACCCAGCUGCCCAGGAGGGGGUGAGGGGGCACGGGGGGCCGUCUGAAGCCCACCGGGAGGGGUGCUCACCCCCAGGGCCUCAGGAGGGGAGAGGCUCCUAGGUGCGGAUGGCCGGUGGGCCUGGGGCCCCCCCGGGGGUCGGAGGGCCUGGACUCCCCUGAGAUCGGCCACCGACGGCCAUGUGCUCGGCUGGGCUGUGGGCGUGAUGCGGGGGGACCUUCUGGGCCCUGGAGAGGAUGGCGUCCCAAGAGCCGCCGGUGCCCGGGGACCAGCGGGACGUCCUGCCCCGGCCCAGCCGCCUGGCGUCCUAGUCCGUGAGCAGCAUCCAGCGCUGCCUCUGCUCCAGGCCAGAGUCCCUGUUGUUGAAACUUGUCUGGAGAGCCCUGCUCAGGCGCCCCGACGCCUCGGGCCUCGUCGUGGGGAGCAGGGGCGGCCCGGGCUCUGCGGUCGCUGGCACUGAGCCCUGCCAGUGGCCAAGGAGGGGGACGCCCCAGGCCCCCUAGUCCUCCCGUGCACACCCACCUGCUGCACUCUGCUCUUGCGCCCUCCACAUGAGCCCCUGCACCCCCAGCGUGCCCCGGCGUCCGGGGCCAAGGUCUGCAUGGGAACGGCCGCCCUGGGAAUUCCCAUGCCCCCCCGCUGCCCGCGGCCUGGCCGGUCUGCUCCGCGUCCUCCCCGGGCUGCCUGCAUGGCGUGCGGCCCGGCCCGUGAUGGCACAGACGCCCUCAUCGGCCCGGCCGGUCCGCAGCGCUUCCAUUUGCUUGGCUGCACCAGCGGCGGCGCCGGGGCGCGUGGAAUUCCUCGGGGACGAGCUGGAGCUGAUCCGGCCCAGCGUCUACCGCAACGUGGCGCGCCAGCUGAACAUCUCCCUGCAGUCCGAGAGCGUGGUGACUGACGCCUUCCUGGCGGUGGCAUCUCAGAUCUUCUCUGGAGGCAUCACAUGGGGCAAGGUGGUGUCGCUGUACUCUGUGGCCGCAGGGCUGGCGGUGGACUGUGUGCGACAGGCCCAGCCCGCCCUGGUCCACGCGCUCGUCGACUGCCUUGGGGAGUUCGUGCGCAAGACCCUGGCGCCCUGGCUGCGGAGGCGCGGAGGAUGGACCGACGUCCUCAAGUGUGUGGUGAGCACGGAGCCCGGCUUCCGCUCGCACUGGCUGGUGGCCGCGCUCUGCAGCUUCGGCCGCUUCCUGAAGGCCACCUUCCUCGUGCUGCUGCCGGAGAGAUGAGCGGCCGGCGCGCACUCGGGCUGAAGCCAGGCCCCCCGAGCCCGGGGCCCCGCGCACAGCCUCGGCCUCCUCGCCCGGCCUGGGAGCGCACCCGCCGUCAGGGCCCCACCUCGGGGCUGGAGGCCCUGCCCUGAGCCCGCGUCCCCAGGCCCCGGCCCUCGGAACCGCUGGUCCCAUUCCUGGAGCCAGAAGUCAAGGUCGCUCCCGGGUCCAAAGGGCAGGGCGUGGGGAACACCAGGCCCCACCCCAUGCCCGGGGCCCCUCCGGGAAGCACCCACGGCAGGGUGGAGUGGGCUCGGGCCUCGCGGGCGGAAGGGGACCUGGUCUGGCCCGGGCGGCGGGAGCUGUGGGGUCUCAGCGAGCUCGCCCACAGCACACGGGGCCCACACACCGGCUGCUUAAUCCACUCUGGCGGGGCAGCCUGUCCCCUCCCGGCAGGUCCCUGUGUGGCAGGGACAGGCCGGCAAUGCACACGCCCGAACCAGGUUGGUGUGUGCGGGUCCCGCUAGGGUCAUGUCCGCUGCCUGGGCCUGUCCUGGGCACUGCCAGGGCCGGGACGGCAGGCCAUCCCCCAGGACGAGCACAAGCACAGACGCGCCGCGGCGUCCCCCCAGGGCCUGCUGCCCCACGGCCACACGCAUGUCACGCUCGAGCCCGCGGGGCAGGAGGCGGGUCCUGUGCCAACUGCAGCCCCCACUCCCUUCCCAGGCUGCCCCGCUCAGGCCGGGGGCAUGGGGGGCCGGGUGGGGGGCCGCGCCCCUUCCCGGGUGAUGCAUCAGGGUCCUGCCCUCGCACCCAGCCUCGCAGCCCAGCGGGGACCCCGACCACCAGGCCAUCAUUGGCUCCUGGCCCCCCCCCCCCCGCGCCUUCGCCAGGACUGGAGCCCACUUCCCCCUGACCCCCGACCCGGACCUGAGGCAGGCUCAGGUGGCAGCAAGGUCUGCGGCCGCGGGGAUCCCGGGCGGGCCGCCUCCCCAGCCCUCCAGGGACAGGGCACGGCGCAGGGCAGCCCCGCUCACAGCAGCAGCAGCAGCAGCAGCAGCAAUGACACGGGUCGGUGCACCGCCCACACGAGAGCGAGCCUGGGUGACAACAGCUCGGCGCCUUCCGCCCCGGGGCCUUGAGCACAAGCCAGAACCGCCGCGGUCGGGGCCGAAACCCGAAGACGACUCUCCCUGAGUCCGUUUAUAAACUUAGUGCCCUCCCUGUAAACUCAGCGCAGUGGGGUUUUUCUGGAUUUAAACAAACCGAUCAUAAAAGUUCAUGGAAGGAAAUUCUUUUAAAAAAGCGAAGAAUAGCCAGGAAGAACCUGGAAAGGGGAGGUGAGGGGGGCCCGGGCGUUGGGCCACGCGAGCCCCGGCCAGACGCGGCGGCGGCCUGCUGACACGCACGGGCAGACGGCCGGUCACUGCGCUCACGGACGCGGGCCGGGCGAUCCGGGGCGCACCCGCGGUGGGGGCCGUCCUCCGUAGCCGGGGAGUGGGCCGGACUCCUGCGGAGGAUUCAACGUUCAGCCACAAUAAAAGACAGAACACGUACUGGAUCGAAAGGUUUAUCACAUUCAACAUUUUUCGAAAAUGUUUUGACUUGAGACAGAACAGGCGCGGUCGCCAGGGCUGGGCCCGGCUGAGCCUCGCGGGUCACGGGUCUCCUGGGCGACAGCGUUUGGGGGGGACACAGGUGACGGUCGCACAACACUGUGAACAUACCGAAAGCCACUGGACUGUACACUAGCUCUUACACACUUUACGAUGGUGAAAAUGGCGAACUUUAUGUCGUAACAGUGCAUUGUACCUCAAUAAAAACGCUGUAACCGAA